AUGACUGCAAUGACUGUAUUUUUUCCUUUGGAUACAGCUAGGCUUAGACUUCAGGUUGAUGAGAAGCGGAAGUCUAAGACAACACCGGCAGUCCUAUUGGAAAUAAUCAAAGAAGAAGGACUGCUCGCACCGUAUCGAGGAUGGUUCCCUGUUAUCUCCAGCCUUUGCUGCUCCAAUUUUGUUUAUUUUUAUACAUUUAAUAGUCUUAAAGCCCUCUGGGUCAAAGGUCAGCAUUCAACCACUGGAAAAGACUUGGUUCUUGGGGUUGUUGCAGGUGUAGUCAAUGUGCUCUUGACCACUCCUCUUUGGGUAGUGAACACACGUCUGAAGCUGCAGGGAGCAAAAUUUAGGAAUGAAGACAUUGUACCAACCAAUUAUAAAGGCAUAAUAGAUGCCUUUCAUCAGAUAAUACGAGAUGAAGGAGUCUUAGCUUUAUGGAAUGGUACUUUCCCCUCCUUGCUGCUGGUCUUCAAUCCUGCUAUACAGUUCAUGUUUUAUGAAGGCUUUAAACGGAAGCUUUUGAAAAAACAGCUGCAACUCACAUCUUUGGAUGCUUUUGUCAUUGGUGCAAUAGCCAAAGCAGUUGCCACCACCCUCACUUAUCCUCUGCAGACCGUACAGUCAAUUCUGCGGUUUGGACGCCACAGGUUGAACCCAGAGAACCGAACACUAGGCAGUCUUAGAAAUGUUCUUUACCUUCUUCAACAGAGAGUAAGGCGUUUCGGAUUAAUGGGACUCUACAAAGGCCUUGAAGCAAAGCUCCUGCAGACAGUCCUUACUGCUGCUCUUAUGUUUCUGGUGUAUGAGAAACUGACUGCUGCAACCUUCACAGUCAUGGGAUUAAAGCAUUCACGCAGACAUUGAAAAAGGAACCUAUGCCAAAGAUUUUUGGGACCUAGAAAACACAUUCCGUUUCUGAGGCCAGGCUGGGUAACAAAGGGACCUCACUUUAUCUAUUUCUCUUUAUAGCCACCUCCAUCUCCAUUAUUUGGAGAAAUUUGGAAUACACUCUAUAGGACCUGUUGCCAUGAAUUUAGGGAUAGCCCAUUCCCUACUCUUCUAUGGACUCACUGUGCUAAGAAACAAAGCAGAGACCUUAUUUAAACACUUGACAUGAAAUUUUAACUACUAUAUGAUUUGGUUGACUUCUUGGCACGAAAGAGUAUCUCUCACUCUGCUUUCUUGUUUUUCCUCAAAUCAUUCUAUAUUAUUCUUCUAUCUUUACCUUCUGUCAGCCGCUGGUGGGGCUGAUUUCAUGUUGUUUUCUUUGACCUGUGUUUAUGUCACUUCAUAUUUGGUUCAUUAAAAUAAUUCAUAAAGAAAA